AGACUAGUGGCUAAUGUAUUAGACCUAACUGGGUUUUGUUUUCAUUGCAAAGUCUAAAAACGUCGACGAGAUUGCUCUCCCCUUUAGCGCGGCCACCUAGUGAUUCGUGGAAAGGCGUCUGGCGUUGUUUCGGUGCAAAGAAACAAUGUUAUCUGCAAAAUACGUCUUGCUUUUAGCAAAAUUGCUUGAAUAAUGGUAUCCUGACAUUAGCAUUGAUGCCUGAUCUUACAGUUCAUCCUUUUCAUCCUCAUCAUGACCACCUCUGUCACCACUCAUUCCACAUCAGUCCUCGUCUCUAUGAAAGGCAGCAUCAGCAGCCAUGCCUCAGAUACCUCCUGCGACACUUCACCCAUGCCAUCACACACCUCCAGGUCGAUGCUGUCUUCCCCCGUCUCCAUGACAGGCAUGUCUGGAUUACUCAAUUCACGAAAUUUGGUACAGGAUGAGAAACUGGUUGUGGCUACUCUAGCUACCCUAGACUCUGGCAACCCAAGUAACCUGAUUAAACAAGAUCUGAAAUGGAUCAUCCAGUCUCGACGGAAAGCUGAGGGUAAAGCAGAACUGCAGGUAGAAUUCAAGAAACCAGUUAAAGAAGAGCAGUUAACUUUAGAAGAAUUGACCAAGAGGGCACGUCGAAGAGAGCUGAACAGGCUGGCAGCUCGAAGGUCACGAGAAAAAGGUCAAAAACGAAAAGACAUGUUGGUUGAGGAAAUUCGUAAACUUCAAACACAGAACUCUGAAUUGUUUAGCAUCUUAGGGGGACUGACAGAACAAAGAAAUAGAAUCAUUGAUACCCUGAGGCAGCACAUGAAGCAGUGCUCAGAUUAUCAAGCUACCCAGAAUGCAGCAGUCGGCAUGUCUCAACGUGUGUUAGAAAUGCUGGGUUUCCCGAUAUCAUCUUCAAUGCACCAGGACCUCCCUGGUGUGUCUUCUUUAUACAUUAGCACAGGUGGUGAGCACUCAUGUUCACCACCUCAAUGUUCCAGUCCACCUGUGGUCAUUAAAGAUGAGCAUUAUUCUCCAUUCACCAGCUGCCAGAUGUCACCGCUUGUUGUUGGUUUGAGUGGGAAGGUGAUUCAGGCAGAUUCUGUGGCAGUAAAACCUAGUCCUAAAUCUUCUGUAAAAAUAGAAGAAUCCCCUCCCGUUUUAAGUUCCUGUGCUUAUCAAACUUUUGGCAGCAGUCCAUCUCCGCAGCUAUCUAGUUCCCAAUCGGUAUCCUUUGACUCUCCCUUGCUUCCAGCACCUCGUUCAGCCAUACCUAAACGGCGCAGCUCUAUGCAUGGGGGUGAGGAGAGUGUUGAAGAUGAAGAGUUCUUCCAGUACAAGCACAAACUAAUGAAGCACAGGAAACAGUCGUCCACUGACCCGCCCAAAGUUCCAUCAUCUGAGACAUCUUCCUCAUCGUUCAGUAUUCGCUCUACCAGGGUGACCCUGGAGCGAAGUUUUUCUUUUCCAUGCUCUAGCAGUGAGACAAGGUCAAAUUUGGACUCGCCACUGCAGAGCUCUUUUACCUCUGACAAUUUGGCAGUGGAACCAACAGCGACAUACAAAUACUAUGAAGUGUUACCAACACCCGUACCAUCUUUACAUACAGGCAGCAAGUCCUAUACCACUGACUCACCUCUUGACCUUGUGGUAAAAAAGACAUCAGAGACAAGCAGUGACUUUGAGAAACACUUUCGCAUUGGACAAACAGAUACCUGGCCACCUGCUGGCUCAAGAUUUGGAGGUACUGCACGUGGUAUAGAGAGGAGGUGGUCGGUCGAUGACCAUUCAUCCUUCCCAGAACCUCUUAACCUCAGCAAAGAAGUUUCUACUGAUGAUGACGGUGACUUGUCACAAAUGAGUAGUUUUAGUAGCAGCUCUCAGCAUUUAAGCAAAACAUCUUCAAAAUAUUCCAGCCAUUCAGUGGAUCCAUUUAGAUAAUGAUUCUUUUCUUUUUAAGCUACACAUAACACUUUUUGAAUUUUCAUGCAUUUUAUAAUGAAUUUUAAACUGCUUGAACUGUUACUUUCUCUAGCAUUAUGUCUUUAAAUGGAAAUAAUUACUUUUAAUAUAUGUAAUAUACAUACAUUUGAAGUCUGGUUCAGUAGUUUAGUGCAAAUGUUAUUAACGAUAAUAUUUUUUUUUCUGUAUUACUUUAGAUCCUGUAUUUUUGUAUUUCAUAUCAAGUUAGCUGUUUUAUUUCCUAUUGCUACAAUAAUUGUGAACUGAUGUAUGAUACCAAAAGUAAUCUAUGCCGAGCAUAACUAUUAAUUUAUUUUUACAAAAGAUUAUGUUUUCUCAAGUGCACAAAAAGAUUUCCAACUCUUAUGUUGACAUUCUUCUUGGUUUUGUGAUGCUAUUAUCUUAGUUUGACUGUUGGUUAAGAAUAGGCUGCCAAUUUUCUUUUGUUCAUUAUGUUCUUGUGAUAUACCUUUAUAAAUCAUUCACUUCUUGUCAACUUUUUCUGUUGUUUUUUUCUUAACUCCUUCUCUCCUAACUGACGAUACCGGCCUUGAUUCCAACAGAAUGUGGUAACUAAUUACGGAGAGAAAGAGUUAACAAGAGUUUGUGCAUUUCUUAAACCCUAGGUUCUGGAUCAGGUUUAUUUUAUUCAAUGUAUUUUUGAAUGUGACAAUUUUUUUUUAUUCUGUGUAUUUAACAUUCUGACACACUGCAGGUGGCCACUAAGGAAAUUACCAAUGUAAAUGAAGCAAAACAGUUUAUCUUAGAAUAUGAUUAGAAACAGUUUAUGUUAGAAUAUGGUUAGAAACAGUUUAUCUUAGAAUAUGGUUAGAAACAGUUUAUCUUAGAAUAUGAUUAGAAACAGUUUAUAUUAGAAUAUGGUUAGAUACAGUUUAUCUUAGAAUAUGGUUAGAAACAGUUUAUCUUAGAAUAUGAUUAGAAAGUUUAUCUUAGAAUAUUAGAAACAGUUUAUUUUAGAAUAUGAUUAGAAACAGUUUAUCUUAGAAUAUGAUUAGAAACAGAUUAUUUUAGAAUAUGGUUAGAAACAGUUGAUCUUAGAAUAUGAUUAGAGUAGAAUUAAUAUUUUUGUCUUUUUUUUCCAAUUUAAGAAAAAAUUUUGCUACUGAAAUAAAUAGUGUUUUUCUAUUUUCCCCCAUGUUUAUAUAUAGAAAUGUAUCCUGUAUCCCAAUUGAAUGACUUCUGACAUUCUUAUCUUUUCAAAAUAGGUUUCUGCACUUUAACUUAUUCCAACUUAAGUGAAUUUAUAUUUUUCUAUUUCCCAUUUUUAAUUAUCCCUAAAAGGAUAGAAAUAGAAAGUAAAAAAAAAAUUAGCCUAAUUAAAUUGUACUCCUUUUCUUGACUUAGGUUGAAGAAUUCUUAGCUAAAGUUUAACUUUUGUUUUGUCAUCUCUCUUGUCUUUUGGUUACCUCCCUUAUGCAUUUAUUGUUUCCACCUGUUAGAAGAAAAACGCUUGGCAUCUAUUUGAAUACAAUCAGUCUUUUAGACCUAAAACUCCAAGUUGCAAGUUAAUGUGAUGUUCAUCUGUUUCUGGGGACAAAUGUUGGGGUUGUGGUAUUAACAUAAUGACCUGUUCCUUCUCAAAUGUCAGGAUGUCAUUAGACUUGCUAUACCUGUGAUGUGAAAUAAUACAAAACAAAAGCUUUUAUGGAUAAGUAUUUGAUCUUUAGAUCCCAGAUCUUUGACAUUGCUGAACUCGGGCAUACCUAAUUUGACUUGAGUACUAGCUUAAUGUUGGCGUUACUGUAAGUCAUAGAGAAAACAAGUAAAAUAUACGUUUUUAAAAAUAACGCUGAUAUAGAGUGAACUGGGUCACGGAUCACCGGCUGUGUUUGAUUGUUGGGGUGCACUGCUCAAUUGCUGCCAUAUCUCUCAUUAUUGCUUAAGGCUUAGUACAGUUCUCCAUAAUAAAGAGAAUUUAUAAAUUACAACAAAUUGAUUAAAAAUGUGUAAAUAUUUGAUUGAUUGAUGUGUUGUCAUCGACAAUGAAUAAUCGUGCAAGUGCCAACUUGAUCCAAGACUGGAAAGUGGGAGAUAUAACAUGUACAAGAUUUUAACCAGUCAGAGUAAAUUGAUAUAUGAGCUUGGUAAAAAGUAGCAAAGUUUGUUGCAAAAAAAUAUUUAUUUAUUUAAAUAUGGGUAAUAGAGUACAAGAAGGCUAAUAGUUGACAUAUAUUACUUCCUGCCAGCCUGGAGGCUAAUUAUUUAAAAACUAUUUAAAGAAAUGAAUCCAAUACAAUAAAUGUCCUCAAAUGUAAACCUUUUUUUGUUAGAUCCAUUAAAUAGAGUGAGUAGAUUUAUCUCCCCUGCUGGAUCAUACAUAUUAAAAAUUCACUGAUUAUCAUUAGCAUUAUUAGUUAUGUGGGGUAAAUGCUCACCUAUGAAUAUGCUCAGAUCUACUUGUAGAACCUUGUAGUGAACAGAAACAUCUGUUUAUUUAGGACUUACUGUUAUUUGUUUUUUUCUUUAUUAAUGUAUCUAUUGUUCAGUACUUGCUGCUGACAUGUAUAGGAUGAAUUUUGGAUAUUUUUUAUAUUUUUUCCAGUUAGAUUUAUGACUAUUAGCAUAAUAUUUUUGUUUAUUGAUAAUACAUGAGUAGUUUGUUUCUUGUUUGUUCAUUAAAUUAGGUUACUUGCUAUGCAGAAGUAAUCUCAUGUUAAGCCAAUCAAAUUUAACCUCACAGGAAUCUGAAAUUUCGUAUUUGUAAGAAUCUUAUAGGCUAAUGCAAACAGUUAUCUAUAAAUUUUUUAUUUAGUCUUUUUUUUUAUUAGUAUUUGAAGGUUAUUAGUAGUGUUAUUUUUUAAAAAAUUAUUAUUACACUUUUAUUUAGAAAAUGGAUUUAAGACCAAUAUGUAUGAGUGGUUGUAAUAUUGUUUGUUUUGUUUUACUUUCAUAGUUAAAAAACUCUAGAAUUGAGAAAUAAUUUGUUUGUACUGCAUACAGUGAAAUGUUUGUGUACAAGCUGCACAUUUACAUCUAACAACAUUGAGUACAUGUCACAUGUCCAUUGAUAAACUAUGGACUCACUCUUACCAAAUAUUCAAUGCUACUUAUAAAAAGAAAACAUGAUUCAUAUGUUGAGGUGGAGCUCUUUUAUUGUUUCGUAGAGUUUUAGUUGCAAGUUUUUCACAUUUUUUGCUGUAAAUAGACUUAAUACAGUUUACUUCAUAUACAGGCAGCAGUUGAGUCAGUACAUUUAUUUUCUACCUUUUUUUUUUUGUGUUGAGAAGUAUAUACUAGAUUUACACUAUAGUUUGUAACAUCAAAUGUUACUGAGAGAAUAUUAGUUUUUGCUUGAGAUUUUUUUUCUGGUGUGUUUUUCUUUUUUUUUCCUAGAAAAGUUUCUUUCCGGUCAGCUGUUAUGUUCUAAAAAUUGUUUACAUGCAUGAAAAAAAGUUAUAUAUAUAUACAUAUAUAUAUAUAUAUGCAUUUGGAAAUUGUGUACUCUGCAGAGGUGCAUUAGCAGUGGUGGGGGUCUGGGCGAUUGUCUUAUUAGGGCCACAAAUAUUUUUACAGUGGGCUGAAGGAGACAAAAGAUCAAGGUGCAGGGCAUGGGAUGUGGUUGCCCUGCUCACCACCUCCUAAGGCCACCUCUGAACUUUGUAUAUUAUUGUAGGCAUGCACCCUGGAAACUAGAGAUGUGCAUAAUUAAAUAUGGUGCCUAGAAACAUAUUUUGUUCACAGGUAAAAAUCCUUUGUUAACAUUUGAAAUGUAUGUUCUUAAUGUUUAAAAAAAAAAAGGAAUGCUAUUUAUAGAGCAAAGAAAACAAUAACUCUUUUAAAAUAAUUCCAUUAGUUCUAAGCAAAUAACUGAGAAAUCUUAUUGAUUUUAUAGCUAGUUUUUUUUUACUUUGUUGACAUCAUUGUUUGAUCUGCAAUUUUUCCUGCCCAGCAUAAAUGGCAUUAUACAUUAAUAGACAUUUGUCUUUGCUUUGAAUUAUAGCAUUCAAUAUAUUCCUUUUCAAGAAACACAUUUUUAUCACUUUUGUUGAAAUUAAUUAUAUUAAUAUUUUAUUUUAACAACAAACACUUGAAAUUUGAUUCUUGUGGAUAUUAUAAAUUAGGAAACUGGCUUAUUUUGUUAUGCUGCCGUUUUGGAUGUUUUACUAGUGUGCAUAGAUGUAUAUAUUUAUUGAUUACGUACAUGGUGCCCAGAUCAAGCAGUUUCUUAAAUUGUUUAUUUCCAAACUAAUCUAUUCGCAAAACAUCUUGGUUAGUGACAUAUGUGUUCUUCUGAACCAAUGUAGUUCAGUUGAAUGACUUAGUUUUUUUUGUGUUUUUUUUUUCUAGAAAGUAAUAAUACUUUUUUUUACAUAGAAGCAUAUUUGUAUUGCAAAUAGGAAUGGUAAUGAACACAUAAAAAAUAUUAAAAUAUAUGACCUAGACUAUUAGAUCUACAUGAAAUACAAAGACAAUGACAGUGAAAUAUGGCACCAUCACUGAACUAUAUGUUGUGAUCUUACUUAAAAAUCUUCAUAAGAAUUGAGUAAUUGUUUAUUUCUGCUAAUUUUAAUAAGUUUAAACAUGUCCAUCCUAUGAGAGUAUUUUAUUGUUACAAAAUAAUUGUGUGUCACUAUUCUUGCAAAGUAUAAUCUGAUAAAUGUAAUACAAUUGUAAUCUAUUUUUCUGCAAUUGGGAAAAAAGAACCUUUAAUUUUUAAUUGUUUAAUUGACAUUUUGUUCACGUUGAUGCAAAUAUUUCUCUAGGGCAUAUGUUUUUUUAUUUUUUGCUUAGUAGUUUUAUCUUGGUUUAGAAGAACAUAAUAAUCUAUCACAAGUUUUUGUUUUAUAUCAUAUUCUUUUUUUUUUUUUUUGUUAACAACUAUGUUGCUCUAUUGGUAUGUGCUAUUUGUUUUAAAAUAGUUUAUAGAAUACCAUGUAUUUUUUUAUUUAUUUUUUUUAAGGCCUACCUGGCAUCUUUGCAGGAAAAACAUACAAAAUAUGUAUAUACUUUUUUUUUGGUCACUUUAAACUGUCCUGUAAAAUUUCUGGUGGUCUUUAGUUUUAAUUUUAAAAUAGUGUAAUUUCUCAUGUAUAAUGAAAAAGAAUAGUGCAGCCCAAAGAUUCAUUGUAUCAAAAGUAAAUGGUUUAUAAAGUUUUCUGUAUUUUUUGAAAAGAAAAUUGUGAUUUUCAAACCAGAGGCCACCUGUUUUGUUUGUAAAUACAAUUUAAUCCCUUACCCUCCCCUACCAUUCCUACAUCUUGUUGCUGUGAAGUGAUUUUUUGUUUUCUUUCUGUUCUCUUUUUUGAAGUUGCUUAUUGUAUAACCAUGCAUUAAAAUACUUUUUUUGUUUCCUAAUUAAAUGGCCUGAAACUUUGCAAAACUAAUGAAAGUUGUUCCAAAACAAUUAUUAUACAAACAUAUAAGAAUUUACAUGAAAAACUUCUUUGCACUAAUGUUACUUUGUUUUUUUUUUAAUUUCAUGAAAUUUAAUGACUGUAAACUGAAAUACUAUGUGAAGAAUCUAUUUAUAGAUAGCCAGUCUUGAAUGACUUAGCUGUGUAUGUGACAAGAAUGUUUAUUUAUAAUGAAACUGUUUGACAAUUGUUUCAAGAAUGUAUUUCUUACCUCAUUACAUCAGCACUUUGAUACAACAGCUAGCAGCAAUGGGGUAGUUUUUAAAAAUCAACUUUUUUUUCUAUUUGUCUCCCUUUUUUUAGCCUGCUAAAUUAAUUCACUUUUCUAAACUGCUCAAACUUCAGCCUGUGGACCAUAUCAGUCCCAUUGCACUGUGGCCCUCGAAACAUCUGUCUACAGUUUACAAUGUAGCUUUAGAAUAUCUGCUCCAUUGGACUUCAAGAGUUUUUGGCUGUGAUGCGGCCGUGACAUGUGUAAGAAAUUCAUAAGGCCCCCGCCUGAUAAAGUUUGGUCACCACUAUGUCAUUGAAACGACUUGCAUUUGAAACAUGAAGCAUUAGUCAAUCUGUCUAUUCUUUCAAAAAAUGACUCUGUCUUCUCCUAACACUUUUGAACUUGAUCAGUCCAGUUGUUACUGCCCUUGUCUCUUGUGAAAACAAACUAAUGGAAAGUUUUUUAUACAGAUUUGUCCAUCUCCCCCACCCCCAUUUUUUUGCAAUUGUUGGCAUACAAACUUUUAUAUAUAUAUUUAUAUAUUCUAUUUUUAUUUUGGUCUUUUUUUUUUUGAGCUCUGAGAAAUGUGGCAGCCAUUACUGAGUCAAUGCUUUGAUCUUGUGUGUUAUUAAGUAUCUUAGAAGCUUGAAUUCUGAUGAUGAAUGUACAAGCUAUCACUGUUUAGAAAAUUUGGCUCUAAGUCAUGAAUGAACCGGAUGUUGAAGCUUAGUGAACUUUGAUCAAUUUUGCUUUGAUACGCUUUUUUUGUUUUAUUUGGGAUUUUCAAAAAUAAAUCAUGUGUAAUUGUUGAUAAACUGAGUGAUGCGUGUCGUUUGAGGGUGAUAAACUUAGUGAUGCAUGUUGUCAGAUGUUGAUAAACUGAGUGAUGCAUGUUGUCUGGUGUUGAUAGGCUGAGUGAUGCAUGUCGUCUGAUGUUGAUAAACUGAGUGAUGCAUGUUGUGUGGUGUUGAUACAAUGAGUGAUGCAUGUUGUCUGAUGUUGAUAAACUGAGUGAUGCAUGUUGUCUGGUGUUGAUAAACUGAGUGAUGCAUGUUGUCUGAUGUUGAUAAACUGAGUGAUGCAUGUUGUCUGGUGUUGUUACACUGAGUGAUGCAUGUUGUCUGAUGUUGAUAAACUGAGUGAUGCAUGUUGUCUGGUGUUGUUACACUGAGUGAUGCAUGUUGUCUGAUGUUGAUAAACUGAGUGAUGCAUGUUGUCUGGUGUUAAUACAAUGAGUGAUGCUUGUUGUCUGAUAUUAAUCUGAUAAAGAAUACCAUGAAUUGUUUGGUCACUGCAACAUAUCACUCAAGGAGAUGCCAUUGUUUGAUUUUCUUUUUCUUUUAUUUUUUUUUUUUAUCAUUUAAUUUGGGGUUGGGCCUGAAAAUACAGGAGCCUUGACUAGAGUGUACCAUUAGCAUGAAAUUCUUUCAAACUAACAUGGAAAUAUGUUUCAUUAGUACUAAGAAUAUAUAAUCCUGUGGAUAAUAACUUCAGAUAACUCUGUAAAGAAUAAUUUUUAAACGUGUGUUUGGUUUUUGCUGAAUGCCUACAUUUUAACAUUUAAAUUAGGAAGAUCUAGUUAUUUUAUUUUAUUUAUCGAUCCAUGUUUUCAUCAUUUUCUUGAAUACUAAUGUAGACCUAAAAUAAUGUAACAAUUUUAGUAAACAGAUUAAUGAAAAUUGUAUUUCAUUUUCUAUACAUUGUAUACAUUUAAUAGAAUCCUAAAUGCUGCUGGCAAAAUCAUUGGCAAAAAACAAACCCCAUUUGGGCAGUUGUUUGAGACAAACAUCUAUAAAAAAGCUAACAAGAUCCUCGAAAUAAAGAAUCGCCCUUUGUGUCAGGAUUUUGUGAUUUUACCAUCACAAAAGAGAUACAAGACACCGAUAGCAAAGACAAACAGACACAAACACUCUUUUGUUCCCCUGGCAAUCAAAUCAUUAAAUAAGAACAAUCUGGUAUAAACUUUGUCACAUGUAAAUUAUGAGUGAGUCUGGUGUGAAUGUACACUUUGGUUUCUUAUAGUUAUAAUGUUUUUUGUUUGGUGUAAUGCACAAAUUGUAAGACAAAUUUCCUUACAGAUAAUAAAGAUUAUUAUUAAAAUUAAAAUUAGUAAAUAAAAAUUUGUUUGUAAUUCACUCAUUCAAAAAAAAAAAUCUUAUGGAUUAAAACUACAUGGUUUGUGCAAUUGGUUGGAACAUGAUGAGUUGUGUGUGUGUGUGUGUAAUCAGCCCAUUGCUCUGUUCUGCCCAUAUUGUUGUAAAUAAGAAAAUGGCUUUAACAUGCAAACAUAGUUCUCUCACACAUUCUGCUCAAACUAAUUUGUUGAUUGACUUAUGGAAAUACAAUAAAGAAUUUUAUUUUCAUUUA